CACGGCCCCGCGCAGCCCUUGUGCGGAGCGGCGCCGGGAGCGGCCGGGCCAUGCCGCGGCCCCGAUAGGCGCCCCGCUCGCAGCUCCCCGCCCGCACCAUGCCAUGUGUCCCGCGGAGCCGGGCGGCACGCCUGCUCUCCCUCUGCCUCCUCGUCCUCCACGCCCGAGCUCCCUGCCUGGGCAGGGCCCCGCCGGCCGGCAGCUCCCCGUUCCCCGACGGCGGGCAAGAGCAAUUUGUGAAGACAAUGCCAGAGUACCAUGUGGUUCAUCCAGCAAGAGUAGAUGCAAGUGGGCAUUUUCUUUCUUUUAAUCUACACCAUCAUAUCCCCAGUGUGAGGAAGAAGAGAUACCUCGGAAAAAGUGAAAAUGUGGUCUACUACAAAAUUAAUCACGAGGAGAAAGAUCUGUUUUUUAACUUGACUGUCCACAUGGGAUUUCUUUCCCAUAACUACGUAGUAGAAAGGAGACGUGGCAACCACACCAGAGCGAAGAUUUCAACUCGCUCAGGAGUUAAUUGCCACUUCCUUGGCACAGCAUGGCAGCCUGGCUCUGGCAGUGGGACAGCAGCGAUCAGCGCUUGCAGUGGCCUGACUGGGUAUUUCCAUCUGCCCCAUGGAGAUUACUUCAUUGAGCCCAUUAAAAAUCAUCCACAGAAGGAGGGAACACCACAUCCCCAUAUUAUCUAUGGUGCAAACAACCUUCAAAAUGCUUUAAGGAGAAGACGGGCCAACCCGAUGGAAAAGGAACAAGCAUGUGGACUGAAUGUUACCCACAGCUUUUUCAAACAGCAGCAGCUUCGGAGGGAGAGAUGGGAACAAAAUCACACAGCUGCCAGGAAGGUUUCUCGGCGCUCUGUCAGCAAGGAGCGAUGGGUGGAGACGCUUGUGGUGGCAGACAGUAAAAUGGUUGAAUAUCAUGGAAGUGACCAUGUGGAGUCAUAUAUCCUCACUAUAAUGAAUAUGGUCACCGGGUUGUUCCACGAUCCAAGCAUUGGCAAUGCAAUUCACAUUGUGCUGGUCCGGCUCAUCCUCUUUGAGGAGGUGGAGCAAGGCUUGAAGAUAGUGCACCAUGCUGAUAAGACAUUAGCCAGCUUCUGCAAGUGGCAGAAGAGUGUCAAUCCCAAGAGUGAUGUCAACCCCACACACCAUGAUGUGGCUGUCCUUCUUACCAGAAAGGACAUUUGUGCUGGCAUGAACCGUCCCUGUGAAACCUUAGGCUUGUCUCACCUGUCAGGCAUGUGUCAGCCUCACAGGAGCUGCAACAUCAAUGAGGACUCGGGCCUCCCCUUGGCUUUCACUGUUGCUCAUGAACUUGGACACAGUUUUGGAAUCCAGCACGAUGGAAAGGAGAACGACUGUGAGCCUGCUGGAAAGCGCCCGUAUAUUAUGUCCCGACAGUUGCAGUAUGAUCCUACUCCCCUCACCUGGUCACAGUGCAGCAAGGAGUACAUCACACGGUUCCUAGAUCGUGGGUGGGGAUUCUGCCUGGAUGACAUCCCCCAGAAAGAAGUUCUAAAGUCCCCAGUCAUUGCUCCUGGAGUGAUUUAUGAUGUGCACCACCAAUGCCAGCUUCAGUAUGGUUCCAAUGCUACAUUCUGUGAAGAUGUGGAUAACCUUUGCCAGACCCUCUGGUGCUCAGUGAAAGGCUCCUGCCGCUCCAAAUUGGAUGCAGCUGCGGAUGGCACUCGAUGUGGAGAAAACAAGUGGUGCUUCUCUGGUGAGUGCAUUACAGUGGGGAAGACUCCCGAAGCAAUCCAUGGCGAGUGGGGUGCUUGGUCAUCCUGGUCCCAUUGCACAAUGACAUGUGGAGCAGGAGUUCAAAGCGCAGAGAGGCUGUGUGAUAAUCCAGAACCCCAGUUUGGAGGAGACUACUGCACUGGAGAGAGGAAGCGCUAUCGCAUGUGCAACAUCAGCCCCUGUCACAAAGACGUGCCAACCUUCCGUCAGAUGCAGUGCAGUGAAUUUGAUACAGUUCCCUACCAGAACGAAUUCUACCACUGGGUUCCCGUUUAUAACACAGCAAACCCCUGUGAGCUCCACUGCCGCCCGGCAGAUGGCCAUUUUUCAGAGAAGAUGCUUGAUGCAGUCACUGAUGGCACUCCUUGCUUUGAAGGAAGGCACAGCCGGGAUAUCUGUAUUAAUGGCAUGUGUAAGGCUGUUGGCUGUGAUUACGAGAUAAAUUCCAAUGCAACAGAAGACCAGUGUGGAGUUUGCCUGGGAGAUGGCUCUACUUGUCAUACAGUGAAGAGGAUGUUUAAUCAAAGUGAAGGAUUUGGAUAUGUUGAUAUUGGGCUAAUUCCAAAAGGUGCAAGGGGAAUCAAAGUAAUGGAAGUUACAGAAUCAGGAAAUUUCCUUGCUGUGCGAAGCAAAGAUCCUGAAAAAUACUACCUGAAUGGAGGCUUUAUCAUCCAGUGGAAUGGUGAAUACAAAGUGGCUGGCACAGUAUUUCAGUAUGACAGAACAGGGGAUCUAGAAAGUUUGACUGCUCCAGGACCCACCAAUGAAUCAAUAUGGAUUCAGCUGCUUUUUCAAGAAACUAACCCUGGAAUUGAGUAUGAAUACACUGUACGCAAAGAAGAAAGUCAUGAGAAUGAGAUUGGAGAGCCAGAGUAUUUUUGGCAAUAUGGAGAGUGGACAGCCUGCAGUGUUACCUGUGGAAGAGGGCUGCGGCGGCAGAUUGCCCACUGUGUGCGGAGGGGCAGCAGAGCCGUCAAGAGCUCCUUCUGUGACCCAGCAAUGCAGCCGAACGGGCGGCAGAAGAAGUGCCACGAGCAGGACUGCCCGCCCAGGUGGUGGGCAGGGGAGUGGCAGAAAUGUUCAACCACAUGUGGUCCAUCAGGCCAGAAGAAGAGAACUGUACUUUGCAUCCAGACAGUGGGAUCUGAUGAGCAAGCACUGGAUGUCACGGAGUGCCAGCACCUGCUUAAACCAAAGACCCAUCUGUCAUGCAACAGAGAUAUCUUGUGCCCGUCUGACUGGACAGUGAGCAACUGGACUGAGUGCACAGUCACUUGUGGUGGUGGAAUAAGGACUCGUAAUGUCACUUGUGCCAAAAAUAAUGAUGAGCCAUGUGAUAGUUCCAAGAGACCAAACUCUAAGGCCCUAUGUGGUCUUCAGCAAUGCCCUUCUGCUGGAAGAUUUCUGAUUCCCCCACAGGCACCCAGAAGAGGCAAGAUCAUAAUCAGAAAAACAACUGCCAAUCCUGAGUGGAGCCUUCCUCACAGAAUACCCAGACCAAACCCCAGGUUCCAUACUACAACAAAAAUACCCAAGCAUGAAAGCGUAACUCCCUGUUUGCCUACGUCCUCUGUUUUGGUCAAUGUCUCAAGAAAAGAGGGAGCAGCCAACAGGACAGUACAAAGUAAUUUUGCUGAAUCAGGUGAUGUUUACAAUUACCCAAUUGUUUCUACUGAAAAUAGCUCAUAUCAAAAUAGCACUUCAUGGCCUUUUCAUAACAGCUUAAGUACUGAAAAUAUAAGGCAUGCUGAAAACACUUCUAAAAGUGAGCCAGUUUUUACUGCAGAGAAUGAGAUGCAAAUAAGUGAAGACACUCCUGUUUCCUCUUCUACCAGUAAUCCAGAAAUAACUUCCAGCUAUGAUUACUUAACUGAGGAAUCUGACAACACUGAUGGGCCACUUGGAGUCAGCAAGAAAACAGCUGAUCUCUUUUACAGCACAGAACUCAAUCCUGAAAUCAGGACCAGAAGCACAACCUUGGGCACUACUUCUCCUGUCACUCAGAGUGAGAGUAUGACUUCUCAGACCCCACCAGCAUCUCAUCAGCGAGACUUUUCUGUGCUCAAUCCUAUAAGCGGAGCAGAACAAGAGCUGGUGUUUCCAACAGCAGCAAACUAUGUCAGUCUGCAAGUUGAUGUGCCUGUUGUAGAAGUAACAACCCCACAACCACUAGUUACAGAAAUGCCUACAGAGCUUGGUUGUGCACCAAGAGACCAGACUGACAGCAGAGAAGAAAUAAAGCUGCCUGACACCAUAACCACUAGCACACGAUCCUCAGCUCCCAAGCAUACUCUGAACAACCAAAGUGCAGCAUCUGAGGUUGUUUUAAUGAAUGUCACAGACAGCAGCCACGUAAUAACAUCCAACAGUUUGCCCAGUGAUGCCUACUGGAUAGUAGGCAACUGGAGUGAGUGCUCUACGACCUGUGGAAUGGGGGCUUUCUGGAGACAUGUGGAGUGCAGCAGCAGGAAUAUAUCUCACUGUCAGAACAUGAAAAAGCCUGAUUCUGCAAGGAGAUGUUAUCUCCGCCCAUGUGCUAGCUGGAAAACAGGAAAUUGGAGCAAGUGCUCUGUGAACUGCAGCGGAGGCUUCAAGACCCGAGAUGUUCACUGCAUUGAUGUUGGGGAAAAGCGGCUGCUCAAGCCUUUCCACUGCCAGUUACUCGGCUAUAAACCACAGCUCAACACUAGCUGUAACACAGAACCUUGCUUGCAAUGGCGUCUGGAGCCCUGGAGUGAGUGUUCAAGGACGUGUGGUGGUGGCCAGCAGAAGCGGCACAUCUCCUGCCCACGGGAAGGGCACUGUGACUGGACCAAGAGACCUGAUGCCAUUGCAUCCUGUAACAGGCAGCCUUGCACACAGUGGAUUCACCAGGCCUGGAGCCCGUGUGCUGUUUCUUGUGGAGGGGGCAUUCAGCAGAGAGUUGUGAGAUGCAUGAAUACAGAAACCAAUGAAACUGAAGAUGACAGUAUGUGUGUGGAUAAAGCCAAGCCCACAAAAUAUCAGAAAUGCCAUCUGCAAGAGUGCAGGAAAAAUACAGGGCUGCCCUGCAGCAAGGACCAGCUGUCAGUUCACUUCUGCCAGAGGCUGAAAGGUAUUGGCAAGUGCUUGCUGCCAUCAAUACAGACUCAGUGCUGCUUCACGUGUAGUCAGCCCCGAAUUCGGAACAAAGCAAGACAUGGGGACCAGCGAGCCUUCAAACAACAAAAUUACACUAAAUCUAGAAGAAAACCUCAAAACUAAGAAAAUAACAACCAAACAGCUUGGCACUAGCUGGUUUUUUUUUCUUGUUUCCUUGAAUAGAGCAUCUGUUUACAGGUUUUAUGUUCCUUAUUUUUUUCUGAACCAUCCAGCAUAAAUGGAAAUCUGUGAUCAAAACUGGGAAAGCACAUUGCCUAUGGUUAUCAGUCAUAAUUUACUGUUUCCAUUUUUUCUCUGUAAUAGUCCAAAAUUUAUAACAUAAUUUUCAAUGUACCAGCAGCUAGUACUACUUAGGCAUGCGUAGACACUAGAAACAGGCUUGCAAGAAUUUUCUGAUUUUUUGUAAUUAAUGCUUAACUUGUUCUUCCAUCUCUUUUCCAAAACCCACUUGAAACACCAGCACUGCUUACUCAAGAGUGCUUAGUGAAGGUAGUCCUUGGGGCAACAGACAUGUACCUGUGCCAUGGGCCAAUUCUCUUCAUGCUCUCUUGCCUUUCUUUUUUAGGAAUCAAGGUGAAGUGGCAGUGUUUCUCUAAAUUCAUUACUCAGUUAGGAAACUUAGAAACAGAGUUUUGUAAUAUCUUAUGCUUAUGAUAGGCAGGAUGAAUUGGAACAUUGUUUUUUUUCAGGAGAAAAACCUUUGCUUAGUACUUGACUGAAUCUCUAAGGGCUACCUCAGCCGUAACCCGUUCUUGACAAUUUUCUUCUGCUACAAAUGUCUUGCUGUAGCCUGAAAAGCCCAUAAAAUGUGGGCUAUUAAGUUCCCAAAUAUGUUUUAAGCAGCAUUUCUUGGUAAAUGAAAAAAGCCAUUUGCAUCUACCACCUUAGUAGUCAUAGAAUCAUUUAGGUUGGAAAAGACCUUUAAGAUCAACAAUUCCAACAUCUAACCUCUAACCCAGCAGUGCAAAGUCCACCACUAAACCAUACUCCUAAGUGCCUUAUCUAUCUGUAUAUUUUACACAUUUAGGGGAAAAACCAGCAAAAUCUUUCAGACAGUUUUAUACAUUCCAUCUGAUUGAACAGAUGAACAAUUUCAGUAUAAAGAAAAAUUUUAAAUUAACUAUCCAAGGCCAUUUGAAAUUAGAUGAGGCAACCAGCUAAAGACUAUGGCCAGUCUCUAUAGCUGCAGGUAUUCAACACAAGUGAUACAUGUCAGGAGGACAUAUAAAGCUGUCAGGAAACUUAUACAGCAUAAAGGUUGUUCUGCAGCAAAAAUUUAACCUCAGAACUUACCCUUUGGAAAAAGUGGUGUUCUCUCUCUCGACUUCCCACUUCCACCAGUUUUAUAUUAGUGGUCAGCUAUAUUUAGUUCAAGAGCUGCUGAACAGAGGAACCAGGAACCUUCACUGUAUUGGUUUCCACUCUUUACAGCGCAAAGAGUAAAGGAGUCACAUAGUGAGAAAGCAAAAGAUUUAAGUCUAAGCUAAUGUAGGCAAGGACAAUUGGAAGUUGAGUCUUUUGCAUUUAAAAACUGAAAUAUUUCUGGUUUUUGACAAAUGAAAAAAAAAGGAAGAAGCAAUGAACUGGCCCAACAAAACAAUUUUGCUAAUAGCAUGUUAACCUAUGUGGUGGAAUUCAACUUGACAGACUUAAACUUUUCCUGAAGCUUCAAGUGUGGCACGCAGGCAUUUUAGCUGGAAAUUACCCAUACUACAUUUUAAAAUCAAUUUUACACCAUCAGCAAAAAGGCCAACUAGCAUCUGGAAACACUGUAGUUCACACAGAUGUUCAGUGGUAGAGCUAUCUUGUCAUCCAGUAUCUCCCAGUAGAGCAUAAGUGCCCAUUCACAGAAGCACUCUGCCACCUCACUCACAGCAGACAUCUCCUACAGUGCAAAUCCAUAAUCAUUGUGGAACUGAGGGCUCCUGGGACAGGAAUCUGAGGCCCAUAAGAGUAUCUGCAUACCUUUGGCCUCAGGCAUGACAGCAUCACUCGCCAAAUAGCAUUACUGUUUUUCUAGUGAAGAACAUGCUACAACAACCUUCAGGGAGCCAAGACCAGAUCUUUGGAACAGAGCUGGGCAUUUGGGCAUUUUGAAAAGGGCUGGACAAGAGCAGACAUUAGAUUCCUUUGGAAUUCUGUAGAAUUUGGACACCUUAGUUCUUCUGGCUUUUUCCAAAAUCUCAGAUUUGCACCCUACUUACCUUACAAUUUCAGGUUAUAGUACAGGGAAAUGCACAUUUUAUGCAGUGUACGGUGAGACACAUGGUCAUGAAUCUAAGUGUCACUGUGGUUACAGAUCUAUGACUAGCAGUAGCUUUUUUUCAAGACAGACCUUUAUGAAAGUUAAUAGAAGUAUUUCAGCCUGGCUAUUAUGUAUUAACUUAAUGAUGGCCACGAGUCAAAUUGUCAUUUUUCAAAGGUUUGUGUCCUUUGGCUUAGGACUUACUUCUUCACUUGAAGUCUCUGGGAGUUCAAAAUAUGCAGCAUAGUAAGGUUAGAUUUAUUAACCUCUCUGAUGGCAAUAUAACGCCAGUUUUAGGUGCUGAUAAAACAAAAUCCACUGUUAAAAGUGUGGUGCUAGGUUAACAGAUAUGGGGAUGACUUGCAAUGGUGCAUGUGUGUACAUGCACACAUUCUUACAAUUAUAUAUGUCCGUGGUAUUGCUGGUCAAUGCCAGACAUGAUGCUUUUUAAGUUUCAAGUUUGCUUCUGUCCUUCUGGGGACCCUUUGAGCAAUGGAAUUCUGGGCAGUUCUUACUCCUCUGGACACAGAAGUACUGAAUUGUGUGCAGGAGCAGAGGUGUCAUGCCUGAUUCAGGAAGGAUUUGGGCAAGGCUUGGGCUCAAGCUGUGUGGCGUAGAGAGUUCCCUGACAGCCAAACAACCUGGAUUGGUGGGCAGUGCAGGUGCUCCUCCUCACAUUCCCAGAAGCAUUCUAUGGGAUUUGGAUGGGACAAAGUUCCUGGUCAAAGUAAUCUGUGCAUAGGGUACCUGCAUAACAUUUUAUUCACAGACGUCAGCAGAAGGAGGCCACCAGGUAUUUGGGCUAAUGAGAAAGGAGCUGACUGAGUGGAUGUGGUGUAGGUUACAGAAAAAUGCCUGCAGGAGUUGUCCUUUCCAGUGCUCCUUAGGGCUAGUAUGGAGUUAAACAUUUCUGCCUUCAUUGUUUUCUUCAGGGAGCUGUUAUUUCAUUUGAAAUUAAUAAGGAGUGAAUAAAUUAUAUUAUGGAUAUUAGUCAGAAUAAUCAUUCUACCCAGGGAAAUGUAGUCAUUACUGUUUCUCAGCUUAAAACUUUAGGGAAAAUAUAGUGACAACCGUUUUAACAGAGCAGUGCCACUGCUGUUACAAUACAACUGUUCUUAAGUAAAGGUGGAUUUAUGAUGUGAACCUAGAAGGUCAUUAGUCUCAAAACUGAAUUGAAUACUAAGGGCAGAGGUGUAUUGUCAUUAUAUUAUCAUAUUAGCCCAAGACACAUCAGCUUCAACAGAUUGCUCAGGAAAAAAAUGUAUAUUUUUCACCUUCACAGCUUGUUCUAACAUUUCAAAGUUUAAAAAGCAAACUAUGAUGGCAUAUUUGAUUCAAGUUUCAAUAAAUGGCAUUGCAUAUG